CUUCGCUCGCUCAAGAUCAAAACUGGCUCAGUCAAGCGUCUGGUCAAAGACCGCACGGUGUACCUGGACGAGGUGAUUCACCAGCAAAAGCGCAUCGAGAUUCUGCGCACUCAGGAUGUACAUGAGGCAGAUAUCCGCAAGCAGAACGAGGUUCUGGAGGAGACCGUGCAGAUGAUCCCUCAUAUGGAGCGCCGAAUCAAAGAUGUCAUGGAAGACUUGGAG